AUGGAAAUUGAGAUCCAGAUAGAAAUUUCUGAAAUAAUUCAAGGCGUUUUAAUUCCAGGUGAACGAACGAAGUCUUGGCCAGAAAUGCAAGGAAACGUGACUUGUGUUCUGCAUGUCGACAAAAUUCCGGUAGAUUCAGAAACAUUCCGGGAUCCAGCAACUGCACUCGACACGAGCCAAUAUCGGCAAGCAGGCAAUAUCAAUAUCUCGGUGGCCGAUUCGGUCGCAUUUGUUUUUGUUAUGAGGGUGCUUUUGCAUAGCCGCCCAAUGCCCAAUAAUAUAUUCCGAGCCGAGAGGCCAGAUCGAUACGUUUACACCAGAGACGAUCAAUUAAACCUGAACAUUUGGUACCAGCCAACGUACUAUAAGGAAGAUUUGGGUCCCAACACCAACAAAGCUUUUGGCUCCGACGGAAUCCCACCGAUUGUUCUCAAGAAAUGUGCUCCCGAACUAACACAUGUUCUCUGCAAGUUGUUCAACUACUCUUACAAGUUGGGGAUAUUCCCGUCCAACUGGAACUACUCUUACAAGUUGGGGAUAUUCCCGUCCAACUGGAAAAUUGCAAGAGUACAACCAGUUCCUAGAAAAGGCAAAAAGACCCUACCUAGCAACUACAGACCGAUCGCACUGCUAUCUAUCAUUUCAAAGAUGCCUCGCUCACAAACUCACUCACAUCUCUGGAACACCGUAGAAAAGUUGGCGAUAUGGCUCUAUUUUAUAGAUGGACGAUGCUCUUCUGAAAUAUUAACAAUUGUUCCUCCCUUGGAAGUCCCCGCGAGAUUGACCCGUCGAGUUGAGGCUUCGCGCCCCUUCGUGGUCACUUUGGAGACCUGCAGAACAUCUCUUUCCAAAAACUCGUUCAUCCAACUAACAGCGAGGCUCUGGAACACAUUGCCAAAGGAUGUGUUCCCCGAGGCAUAUAACCUCCAGAAAUUCAAGAAGAAUACCAAUUCCUACCUUAUUUCCCUUGGUGCUCACGAUGUUCUCUGA